AAUAUUUAACUCACCAGACUGCACAGGAAGCCGUAUAAAAAACGCGCUCCUUCUCUUAUCAUGGCAACAAGAAACUUCAAACCGCAUUGGAGUGACAGCAGGAAAGGUCCGUGUCGUGAUUUCAAGGAAGAGCAAAAAACGAAAGGCGAGCUCCCCCACUCUAACACGUGAAAGCAGCAGACUAACAGCAGCCCCCUUGGAGCGAGAUGGGCUCCUUCUUUAGCACCCUGCUUGGUGACUACACCCAGGUUCCAUACGUUCCACUUGCCUUCCAUCCGGAUACCAAAGGAUCCCAGAUCAUUCUAGAUGCAUCACAGUACAUAGCCACCAGAGCAGCCACCUUCCGUGAUGGACUUGUCUUCUCCAACCGGCCAAUUAAAGUUAAUGAGAAGGUGACACUGGAAAUCCUAAAGGAAGAUGGCAGGUGGUUUGGUGGCUUAAGGUUGGGCUUCACCUCAGAGCAUCCCUCCUUGAUGAACUCCAGGGAUCUGCCUCCAUAUGCUUGCCCCAAUCUGGUCAAACAGGGGGCGUGCUGGGCUUCUGUCUUACCGGAUGACUAUGUAGGUGAGGGCACUAUUGUCAGCUUCUGGGUGAACAGAAAAGGCUGUGUUUUCUUCAGUGUCAACCAUGAGUUUGACUACUACUUACUGCUUGAAGACGUCCCAGUCAAAAAGCCUCUCUGGGCAGUUAUGGACAUCUAUGGAAGAACUAAAGCUGUCCAGCUUGUAGAUCCAUCAAGACCAAAGAUACACAUGAAUGAGUCAAGCGAAAAACUAUUGAAUGCAUCUGGACAGAAUGGUGAGUAUCUGGAAAGGGCCCUGCUUAAGAAGCACAUUUAGGCCACUACUCAACAGUAUCCCAGAGCACACAACUAUCCUACCCCCAUCUAAGUGAACUGCUGACCUUU